AUGGCACCAAAAUUUGAUGUGACUUAGUCAUUGUAUAUUAAAUCAUGCAAAUAUAAAAUUUAUAAAACUAGAAAAUAUGAAUUUUUAGAUAUUUAGAAGUAUUUCUGAAUAAAUAUAUCAAUUAUAAUUCCAUAAAACUUCCAAAAAUAGCAAUAAUUUUUCAAGUCGAUCAUAGGGAUGUAAUAUCUAGUAAUUAUUUUGAAUUUUCCUCAAAGAAUACUAUUUUCUAUGAAUUUUAUAUUCAAAAAUGAAAAGGAAAUAUAUUUUAAAUUCACAAAAGAAAGGAAAUAAGGGUGCAGACGUUAGCUCCCGAUGAACGUGAAUCGGGUUGAAAAAGAGUUCCGCUUGGUGAUUCUUACGUAAGUGAUUAUAGACGAUUUAAUUAAUCAAAUUAAGAUCUAUGAAAGCCAGAAGAAUCGUAAUAGAACAAAGUAUAUUUUGGUAAAUUAAAAUCACAAAAUCUAUCACUAAAUAAAGCGUAAAGUAAGUUGAAAAUAGGAAAAUAGAGUUCUUACAUCGUGACGGCAAUGUGUCGGCGAUGCACUAGAAUCCUAGGCAUUCGCAAGGAUCGUCGUGUAGUGUCCACAGCCUAGAAGGCUCUCCUUGGACAAAGACGAUAUGGGCAAUCUCUAGAUCUCCUUGCAAAGUCUAGAGAUUAAUGAAAUGGGUUGUCGAAACGUCUCCGGCAGCUGUCACCUGGUGGAGCAGAAAAAUGGCGACUUUGCGGCUCUUAGGCAGCUGUCACCCGACGGAGAGGAGUUGAAUGGAGGUGGGGCGCAUGUCAGGGAGCUUCAUCCUCAGGUCCGCGUAGCAAGAGGAGGCUCUUCAUUGCAUUUAGUAGGCUCUCAAGAGGUGGCGACUCGUCUCUCGGCGGAUCAUCCUCUUCCCGACGACGGCUUGUUCAUCAAUCAAUCAGAGAUGAUUUACUCGAUGGAUUUGCGAUCCUUUUAUCGUGAAUCCUUCAGCAAUUUUAGUAGCAAUGCUCCGCAAAUCACAUUGACGAGAUUUUUGCCAAUGAUCCAGCAAUUCUCGUUGCUUCAUCCUUCACUGCGAUCUGCAGGAAAGUCACGAUAAUCAGAUAUGAAUUUUGACUUUGGGAGGAUUCGAACCUGCGUUGGUCGCCCUACCUCUUCUGAGGAAGUGUGACACAGGUUUAGUCCCACAUCAGUUGUGCGCUGAUUUUUAAGACGAAUAUAUAGUAAUGUUAGCUUUAUAAGUAAAGUCACUUCUCUUGUGUGUACGACCACUCCUUGCCCCACAAUCGGCUGGCCAUCGGUGAUAUGGAAGGGGAGUGGUGCACACGUGUGCCCCUAUCGGUUCAAGCCGCUUGAGCCUCUACUCGCGGCAACUCUCCGACUGAGCUUUUGACCUGCUUGUAGGCCUAGCUGGCUGGCGGGUCCCCCCAUUUUGUAAUAUUUUUCUUUCUUUUUCUUGUUCUUCAUUUAUAUCAAAAGUAAGACUAUAAAAAUUGUAUAAAAUCACAUAAUUACACAAAAAUUCACGUUAAUCAAUUGAAAACCACUUUUCACACUUUGACACGAAUAUAAGUCUAUUUAUCAUGAGUUAAGGUGAAAAUUAUGUUAUUUACUAAUUAUUAACUCAUGAUAAUAAAGACUUAUUUACGUGACUUAGUCGUUGUAUAUUAAAUCACGCAAAUCUUAAAUUUAUAAAAUGAGAAAAUACGAAUUAUUAGAUAUUUAGAAGUAUUUUUAAAUAAAUAUAUCAAUUAUAAUUCAAUAAAACUUUCAAAAAUACCUGUAAUUUUCCAGGUUGAUUACAGGGAUGUAAUAUAAUAUCUGGUAAUUAUUCAGAAUUUUUCCCAAUGAAUACGAUUUUCUAUAAAUUUUAUACUAGGAAAUAAAAAGGAAAUAUAUUUAAAAUUCACGAAAAAGGAAAAGAAGUGUGCAGACGUCAAGAUGAUGUUAGCGCCCGGCGAACGCAAAUCGAGCAGAAAUAGAGUUCUGCCUAACAAUUCUUACGUAAGUGAUUACAGAUGAUUUAAUUGAUCAAAUUAAGAUCUGUAAAAGCCAGAAGAAUCGUAAUAGAACAAAGUAUAUUUUGGUAAAUUAAAAUCACAAAAACUAUCACUAACUAAAGCGUAAAGUAAGUCAAAAGUAGGAAAAUAGAGUUUCGGCAUCACGACGGUGAUGCAUCAACGAUGCACCAGAAUCCUAAGCGUUCGAGAGGAUCGUCGUGUAGUGUCCACGGUCUUGAAAGCUCUCCUUGGACAAAGACGACGUAGGCAACCUCUAGAUCUUCUCGUGAAGUCUAGAGAUUAAUGAAAUGGGUCGUCGAGUCGUCUUUGGUGGCUGUCACUUGGCAGAGUAGAAAAAUGGCAACUUUGUAGCUCUCUGGCGGCUAUCACCCGACGGAGAGGAGCUAGAUGGAGGUGGUGCCUAUGUCAGGGAGCUUCAUCCUCAAGUCCACGUAGCAAGAGGGGGCUCUUCAUCACAUCUGGUAUGCUCUCAAGAGGUGGCGACUCGUUUCUUGGCGGAUUGUCCUCUUCCCAAUGACGGCUUGUUCGUUGAUCAAUCAGAGAUGAUUUACUUGAUGGAUUUGUGAUCCUUUUAUUGCGAAUCCUUCAGCAAUUUUAGUAGCAAUGCUCCGUGAAUUGUAUUGACGAGAUUUUCACCGAUGAUGCAGCGAUUCUCAUUGCUUAAUCCUUCACCGGUGAUCUGCAAGAAAGUCGCGAUAAUCAGAUAUGAAUUUUGACUCUGGGAGGAUUCGAACCCAUGCCGGUCGCCCUACCUCUUCUGAGGAAGGUGUGACACGGGUUUAGUCCCACAUCAGUUGUGCGCUGAUUUUUCAAGCGAAUAUACAGUAAUGUUAGCUUUGCAAGCAAAGUCACUUCUCUCACGUGUACGACCACUCCUUACCCCACAGCUAGCUGGCCACCAGUGACGUGGAAGGGGAGUGGCGCACACGUGCCCCUAUCGAUCCAAGCUAAGCCGCUCGAGCCCCUGCUCGCAGUUACUUCCUGACUAUGCUUCCGACUUGCUUGCAGGUUUGGCUGGCCAACGGGUCCCCCCAUUUUGCAAUAUUUUUAUUUUUAUUUCUUGUUCUUCAUUUAUCUCAAAAGUAAGACUAUAAAAAUCAUAUAAAAUCACAUAAUUAUCCAAAAAUUCAUGUUAAUCAACUGAAAACCACUUGUCACACUUUGACACAAAUAUAAGUCUAUUUAUCAUGAGUUAAAGCUAAAAUUAUAUUAUUUACUAAUUAUUAACUCAUGAUAAUGAAGACUUAUCACACUCCCAAACUUAAAUCAUUGCUAGUCCCUCAACAAUGGAAUUAUGAAAAUAAAAUUUUACAAAUCUGAAACAUCAUAUUUCAAUAAAGAAAAAAAAAUACGAUUAGAAAUGAUGCACUUUUAAAUACUUUGGAUUCUUAUAUCAAGUAUUUAAGAAUGAUGUCAAUCACUUAAAUGUUUAAACACUCCUUGGAAUAACAAUCUAGACUUCACUUCUUCUAUUUACAUCUUUAUCACUUUCUUGACUCAUAGAUGUAUUUACAAGAUGUUCCAAUUAUCAAUACUCAUCCAAGAAUAAUAUCGAUCCUACAUUUCCUUUUUUCUAUGGCUUGAUUUUUGAAGUUUUCACUAUAUUUCUUUCUUCUUUUUUUUUUUAUAUAUAUAGUGGAUAAGUAGCUUUUCCUAUAGAUAAAUUUCGACAAUAAGAAUGAUGUCUCACACCCUCCAUGUGUACUCUUCAUUUUCAAGGCUUUCACUUUAUCCACUUAUUUUGUAGCAAGUGUUUUUCUAUGCAUGAUUUUCGACAAUGAGAAUGAUGUCUCACACCCUCCAUGUGUACUCUUUGUUUCUAGAUUUUUCCUAUUGCUCUCUCUUUUUUUUGUUGAAAUAAGUGAUUUCUCUUGACAAGUCCUAUAGAUCAGGGUGCAAAAAUCUUCAUUAAACUCAAAUGAUCAAUCAAAUUUUCACAUCAAGUAAAUACUAUCCAUCAAGAUCAUGAAGUGAAAAUCUGUAAAAUCAAAUCCAUGUUAUCUAUCAUGUAUCCAAGGAGUAUUCCAACAUUUAAUGCUACUAGAUCAUUCUUUUGACUCAAUAAUAAUCUUCCUUGUAUCUUUUGGUAUCAAUCAAUCUAAUUGAUUUAAUUUUUCAUGCAUGCCAUAUGAUGUAAGGAAUUUGUAGUAGCAAUAAAUUUGUCAAAAAUAAAUCAAAACUAUCCUCUUUGUAGCUGUAAUUUGGAAUUUUAGUAAUAUAGAUCUAGAGGAUUGAAAUGUGAGAAAAGGGUCUCUAGAAUUUCAAAUUUUGGGCUGUUUUUUGUCUACUGUUUUUGACAGUCUAUUAUUUCUGAUAGAAAACCAAAAAAUAGAUGUUGCAGUUUUUCCGAAUUUUAUUUUAUUUUUAUUUUUUUAGUUGCUGUUCUAAGUUGAAUAAAAUGCAAACACAUGUUCUUAAUCGUCCUACAGCAUAAAUUAAUAAUCAAUACUUCACCCCUCAACUUAAAAAUGACAUUGUCCUCAAUGACACAGAAAACUUGAAAUAGAAUAUGUAGAAAAUAUAAUUUUCAAGUGAAGCAUGCAUAUAUGCAAAGUUAAGCAUUAAAAAUAUUGUCAUAAAUGAUAAAGCUCAGAAAGACAUCACCUCAACCUUGUUUUUAAUUUUCCACUUCAUCUUAAACUCCUCCUCCUGCACUUUUUCGAAAAAACAAAUACAGAAACAAGUACUGUGAAAUUCUAAGAAAAAUAGAGCUUAAAGAAAAAAAUCAAACAGAAUGAAAUAAAAACCAUGGGUUGCCUCCCAUGUAGCGCUAAAUUUAACGUCUUCAGUUGGACAGCUUUUAGAUCAUAUAAGAUGAUUUAUGGCCAUCAAAAUAUAUUUGUAUCCCAAGGUAAGUUUCAUGAUAUUCUUUUUCAGAUUUAGUAUAAAUUCAUAUACUUCAUAUAUAUACCUUGACAUUCUUUCAGCCAAAAAAAAAUGGAAAUUAACAAAAUUUUCUCAAAAAUAAUAUUUUCAUUUUAAAAAGAAUCUUUCCUCAUUUCUAUCUUGUUUUGUAAGGCUCUCAUUCAUUAAUAAAUACUUUCUAUUAAUAGACCAUAAAAUGUGAUCAGGCCAUAUAAUUUUCAAAUUAGCUCUUGCCCAAUCUAAAUUUUUUUCAUCUAAAUUGAUAUCUCUAAUUCUUCUAUUCAUCCAUUUAUUAAUAUCUUCUUUUAUCUACAUAAUCUUCCUCUACUCUAUUUUAUCUUCCAUACAUAUUUGUUUAAUUUGCAAGGAGUGAAAUAUUUCAAGCUUAGAAAUAAUUCUAAUGGGCUGUGGGUUUUGAAGGAUGGAAGGAUUGUCUUCCUUAAUCUCAGAUCUAAUGAAUUUAGUAAAAUUCAAAUUUUCUCUUCCAAAAUUAUCUCUAUAUUCAUAUCCAUUAUUUCAGUUUCUCCCUAUUAGUUGAAUCAACUCUUUUUCCAGCUUUUCAUUUCUCAACUCAUCAAAUUCUUCAUCUUCUCAAGAGCUAUCUUUUAAUUUCGGUAUAUGAUAUACAUUAUCAUCGUCACAAUCAACAUCGAUGGCUGUAAAAUUAUGAUUAGAUUCAUUAAUUUUGUCUCCUACGUCUCCCAAAUCAACUAAUUUUUUCUCACCUGAAAUAUGUUUUUCUUCAUUUUUGUCUUUACUCCCUUCUACUAAAAUUUGGAUGAUUUUUCCAUGAUCAGCUGCUAUUUCUUCAUCUAAGGGCUCUUUCUCCUCAUCAUCCUCACUAUAUUCAUUCAUCAAUUUUGAGCAAUAAAUGACUUUAUUCAAAUUUUCUGCUACUAUAUUUUCAGCCUUAAUAUUAUCAUUUACUUCUAAUGGAUCAUCAAUUUCUUGUAAUAAUUGGAAAUAAGGAUUAGGUAAAAUAUUCUCACUCAAUGUAUUCACUGUCCAAACAUUUUCAUUUUGUGGGUUUUUUUCUAAAUUUAUCCAACUAGACUCUUCUUGCUAAAAUCCUACUGUUGGAUAGUUUCUUGAAUUUUCUAUAGGCUGACUAAGUAGUUGUCCCUCUUCUCUCUUAUUCCCAAGAGCCUUUAUAAUUUGUUUCUGGUGCAGCAUCAUUUGAUUCAUAAUUUGUUGUAUCAUUUGGCUCAUUUGCUGCAUCAUUUCCAUAGCAUCAGGUUGGAUUUGAGAGGACUGAUUUUUCUAAAAUCCAUGUUCCUGUUUUGGACGAAAUUCAAAAUGUGAAUUAGAUCUAAAUGCUUCUGAAUUUUGAAUAUUGUUUGGGUUUCUCCAUGAAAAAUUAUUCCUCCAAUUAGGAUUAUAAGAAUUAGAAAAAUAUUCUCUAUUUUUACUAAAAUCGUGGGGUACCUAGACUUGUUCUUGCCUAUGAUGAUAUUGAAAUUCAAAAUGAUCAUUUUCACCACACAUAGGAUGUGUAUUAUUUGAAUUAAAUUGAGGGUUAAGAGGCUUUCUAAUAUUGUCAAUAAGUAAAUCAAGUUUUUUUAAUCUUUGAUUAAUCUGAUUAACCUCAUUUCUAAGUUUAGAAUCAUCAUCAUGAUGUAAUUCAUAAAUUUCUCUCUUUAUAUCCUUGUCAUAUAAUUCAAAAGAGGCUUGAUCUCUAGAAUUUUCACUUAAAUUCUCAUAAAGAUUGUAAAUCUCAUCAAGAGUUUUCUCCAUAAAAGCUCCUCCACAUAUAGAAUCAACUGUAUUUUUAUGUUGUUCUAAUAAUCUAUCAUAAAAAAUUCUAUUGAGCUGCUAUUUGGGUAUAGCAUGAUGAGGACACUUUUUAAGUAAAUCUUUGAAUUUUUCUCAUGUCUCAUGCAAAGUUUCUCCUAGUCUUUGGGAAAAACUCCAUAUAUAUUUUCUCAUAUUUUGAGUUUUUCCUAAAGGAUAAAAUUUUCAAAGAAAGGUCUAUUCUAGAUCUUUUCAGCUAGUUAAUUCUCUAUCUAAUGUGGAUAGCCAAUGACUAGCUUUGUCCCUAAGUGUAUGAGAGAAUAAUUUCAUCUUAAUAGUUUUUGAUGUAACUUGAGGGAGAUUAACUAAAUCACAGACCAUAUGAAAUUUUUCUAAGUGCUGAUGAGGUUCCUCUAAUGACAAUCCAUGAAAAUUAGGGAGCAUUUGAAAAAUUUCACGAUAUAUUUCGAAUUUAACAGUAGGUGCUAAUGGGACUCUAAUAUUGGAUGCUCUUUGAAAUGAAUCAGGGAUAUAAUGAUUUUUCAUGGCCAUAGGAUUGUUCUCAAUUUGACCUAUACUUCCUUCAGAAUCCAUCAAAAUUAAUUUUUCUUUCGAAUUUUUAUUUUUGAAUGAAAUAAUGAAAGGAUUUUCUAGCCUUGGAUGCAAGGAUCUUCUACUAUGCAUAAAAAUAAAAAAAUUUGAGGGAAAAAUUUAGUAACUAUUACCCUCCUUCAGGAUGCUCCAGUCCUUGCCUUGCUUCUUUUCAUUUCCCUUUUCUAAUAAAAAAUCAGCAAAAAGAAAAUAAAAUAAGAGUUAAAUUUAUUUUUUUUGUACUCUAAAAGAAAAAUAGAAAAGUACUAAAUAUUAUGCAAUACAUCUCCAACAACGGCACCAAAAUUUGUUGUGACUUAGUCAUUGUAUAUUAAAUCACGCAAAUCUUAAAUUUAUAAAACUAGAAAAUACAAAUUUUUGGAUAUUUAGAAUUAUUUUUAAAUAAAUAUAUCAAUUAUAAUUCAAUAAAUUCCAAAAAUAGUAGUAGUUUUCUAAGUCGAUCACAGGGAUGUAAUACAAUAUUUGGUAAUUAUUCAGAAUUUUUCUCAAUGAAUACGAUUUUCUAUGAAUUUUAUGCUAGGAAAUAAAAAGGAAAUAUAUUUAAAAUUCAUGAAAAAGGGAAAUAAGGGUGCGGACGUCAAGAUGAUGUCAGCACCUAGUGAAUGCAAAUUAGACGGAAACAGAGUUGUGCCCGGUGAUUCUUACGUAAGUAAUUAUAAAUGAUUUAAUUGAUUAAAUUAAGAUCUAUAAAAACUAGAAGAAUCAUAAUAGAACAAAGUAUAUUUUGGUAAAUUAAAAUCACCAAAACUAUCACUAAAUGAAGCGUAAAGUAAGUCGGAAGUAGGAAAAUAGAGUUCUGGUGUCACGAUGGCGAUGCAUCGGCGAUGCACCGGAAUCUUGAGCGUUCAAGAGGAUCGUCGUGUAGUGUCCAUAGUCUUGAAAGCUCUCCUUGGACAAAGACGACGUGGGCAAUCUCUAGAUCUUCUCGCGAAGUCUAGAGAUUAACGAAAUGGGUUGUCAAAAUAUCUCCGGCGGCUGUCACCCAGCGGAGCGGAAAAAUGGCAACUUUAUGGCUCUCUAGCAAUUGUCACCCGACGAAGAGGAGUUGGAUAGAGGUGGUGCGCGUGUCAGGGAGCUUCAUCCUCAGGUUCGUGCAGCAAGAGGAGGCUCUUCAUCCCAUCUGGUAUGCUCUCAAGAGGUGGCGACUCGUCUCCUGGCUGAUCGUCCUCUUCUUGACGACGGCUUAUUCGUCGAUCAAUCAAAGAUGAUUUACUCAAUGGAUUUGCAAUCCUUUUAUCAUAAAUCAUUCAGCAAUUUUAGUAGCAAUGCUCCGUGAAUUGCGUUGAUGAGAUUUUUGCCGAUGAUCCAGCGAUUCUCGUUGCUUAAUCCUUCAUCGGCGAUCUACAAGAAAGUUGCGAUAAUUAGAUAUGAAUUUUGACUCUGGGAGGAUUUGAACCCACAUUGGUCGCCCUGCCUUUUCUGAGAAAGGUGUGACACGGGUUUAGUCCCACAUCGGUUGUGCACCAAUUUUUUCGGUGAAUAUAUAGUAAUGUUAGCUUUAUAAGCAAAGUCACUUCUCUCGCGUAUAUGACCACUCUUUGCCCUACAAUUGCCUAGCCAUUGGUGACGUGGAAGGGGAGUGGCACACACGUGCCCCUAUCGUUCCAAGCCAAGCCGCUUGAGCCCCUACUUGCAGCUACUCCCUAACUACGCUUCCGACCCACUUGCGGGUCUGGUUGGCCGGUGGGUCCCCCCAUUUUGCAAUAUUUUUAUUUUUAUUUCUUGUUCUUCAUUUAUCUCAAAAGUAAGACUGUAAAAAUCAUAUAAAAUCACAUAAUUAUCUAAAAACUCAUGUUAAUCAACUGAAAACCACUUUUUACACUUUAACACAAAUAUAAGUCUAUUUAUCAUGAGUUAAGGCUAAAAUUAUAUUAUUUACUAAUUAUUAACUCAUGAUAAUGAAGAUUUAUCACUUAUCACGAAGUCUAGAGAUCAAUUAUUUUCGGUAGCUGUUACUCAGCAAAGCGAAAAAACAAUGACUUUGUAGCCCUUCGACAGCUAUCACUUGACGGAGAGGAGCUAGAUAGAGGUGGGGCGCAUGUCAGGGAGCUUCAUCCUCAGGUCCGCAUAGUAAGAAGAGGUUCUUCAUCGCAUUUGGUACACUCUUAGGAGGUGGCGACUCAUCUCCUAGCAGAUCAUCUUCUUCCCAACGACGGCUUGUUCAUCGAUCAAUUAGAGAUGCUUUACUUAAUGAAUUUUAGUAACAAUACUCCACAAAUUAUGUUGACGAGAUUUUCACUAAUGAUCUAGCGAUUCUAGUUACUUAAUCCUUCCUCAACGAUCUGCAGGAAAGUCACGAUAAUUAGAUAAAAAAUAUGAGUUUUGGCUCUAGGAGGGUUCGAACCCACACCGAUUGCCCCCCCUUUCUAGGGAAGGUGUGAAGUGGGUUUAGUCCCACAACAGUUGUGCACCGAAGUUUCUAAUGAAUAUAUAGUAAUCUUACAUUUCCGAUCAAGUCCUUUUCUUGCGCAUGUACGACCACUCCUUGCCUGACAAUUGGUAGGCCACUAGUGACGUGAAAGGAGAGUGGCACACACGUGCCCUAUCGGUCCAAGCUGCUUGAGCCCCUGCUCACAACUACUCCUCAAUUGAGCUUCUGACCCACUUGCGGGCCUAGUUGGCCAGUGGGUCCCUCUCAUUUUGUUUAUUUAUUUAUUUAUUUAUCUCAAAAGUAAAACUAUAAAAAUUAUAUAAAUUCAUAGAAAAUCACAUAAUUACCUAGAAAUUCACAUUAAUCAACUAAAAACCACUUUUCACACUUUAACACAAAUAUAAGUCUAUUUAUCAUGAGUUAAGGCUAAAACUAUAUUAUUUACUAAUUAUUAACUCAUGAUAAUGAAGACUUAUUAGUCCCCAUCUACAACUACUAAUUUUUGGAUAUAUAUUUUCUUGCACCUCUUCUCCUAGCUCUUCUCUUCUCCCUUCCCUUUCUCGAGCACUCUCUUUCUCUUGGUGUUUCUCUCUUCUCUCUUCAUCUUUUGAUGUUUGACAUUUUCAAACAUCAUCUUUCUAGCUCUCCCUCAUCUUCAACGUUUUAGACUUUCAUUCCUAAGUUUUUAGUUAGUUUUCGUGACUUUCUAGCUCUCCCUUUUGCUCUUUCUUACUCGGUGACAAAUAGGAAGAGUUCUUUGUUUUCAUUUAGUUCUGACAUGUUCUUCCCUUCCUCCCACUUCAUCUCUAUCCUUUCUUAGUAUUUUGAUGUUCCAAAGGUUUCAUGCAGCUGUUUUGAUAUUCUCAAAUCCCCUAUUUUGUCCUCCAAUUUUUUUUUCUCUCUCAUGCCAACGUUCUCUCUUGUCAGCGAGUUUUCCCCUUUUUGACAAGUUUUUCACUUUUUCUCCCUAAUUCCUCUCUUCUUUUGAUAAUUUUCUCAUUAGAAAUUGAUAGUUUGUUUCUUUUUAAUAAUUCUUCAUCACUUUUAUUCACCAGAAAUCUUGAUUUUUCUCAUGUUAGCAAGAAACUUCUCUCUAGCGUGAGUUCUUCUAUUUUCUUGUGAAUUUUAUCUUCUUUAAAAUCAUUUUUUCUCUUUAUCUUUCCUUCAAACUUUUCCUUCAUUCUUUAAUUUUAUAGGAACAAAUAUGUAAGCACAAGAUCACAAUAACAAUAGAAACUUAAUUUCUAUAUAUCAAUGAGAACAAAAAAAAGAUAAAUCAUCAAGCUAUCAAGAAUUCUGAUGAGAAUAAGACUUUCACUAAACACUUCUGAUCCACGUCUCAUAGUCUUCGAGACGACCCACACACUAGAGAGUCAAAAAUAGACUCAUAUACUUUUAUAAAGACUACACUUGUAAUAGAAGAAAGAAAAGAAAUUAUGAAAGAAGAAGUGAGUUGGUGAAGAGAGAGGGUAAAAUCAAGAGAGAGAGAGAUAAAUGCACACGAAAAAAGGAAAUGUAUGCUCUAUUUAUAGAAAAUAAGAAAAGAUAACCACCCCCUAAAAAGAGACAUCUCAAUCUAUGUGCAGGUGAGUCCACACAUCUCAGAGGUGAUUGAUAGCACAUGAAUAAUAUGUUAGAAGACACCUUAAGUUGGUUAAUUUUACAAUUCUAUGAUAUUAUCAAUAUGUUGUUUACAUUAAUAAAUAUGAUUUUUAACAUGUUUCAAGAUAUAGUAAUAUUUCAAAUAUUUUUGAGAAUUUAAUGAGAUUAAUCUCCUCAUACACAUUUAGGUGUUUAAUUAAACCAGAUUAUUUUAGACAUUGAAUAUAUUUUUCUGAUUUUUCUGAUCAUUUUCCAACGAGUUUAGGAAUUUAUGCCUCAAGUCGUAGCCGCUUCAUCAAUAGUUGUGAUACAACAGCUCGACCAUCACUCAUGGGAGUGAGGAGGCAGCCCUUUGGUGGGGGAAGGAUCUGAUGGCUUAAGAAGAGCUCAGGAGAAGGGAGUCCAUCGAUCCAACAGAGUGUGGCCUUGCCAGAGAAGAAGCCACCAGAACCUUUGGAUAGUUUCUCUUGUGUGCACAUAUAGGCGAGUGAGAGAGGAGAGAGAGAGAGAACACCACCCUAUACAUUUGGGAAAAACCUACGUCACAAAUAGCUUCUGAUUAUAGAAGUCUUCAGCAAUUUAGCCAGCCUAGAGGGUUUAGGGUUUGCCAAGCUCCACAUCUUGUUAAUGUAGGUGUGUAAAUUUGGAGCACUGGUCAUCUCACCUAAAUAUGGUCUCUUCCACUGCUUCAAGUGAAUGCCUCUUCUUGAUAGAAGUAAGGAAGGAGUAGUGACACAAGGUUAGUUUCGUUUAGUUUAGAUUAGAUUUUAGUUAAGAAUUUAGUAGAAGUCACAGACAAUUGAUUGUCGUUCUUACAUCAGCUAGAUCUGAGAAAUUAGAUCUAGAUUUAUCAUUCCCUCUUCUUCUCUCAUUCCAGUCCAUGACCCCUUGUUUUCUUUUUCAUUUAAUCCUCUGUUAGAUUGAGCAUUAAAUAGUAAGCCUCAAAUUCCCUAAGAAGAUGACUGGAAUCACUACUAUCUACAAGUAUUUUGCAAAUCAAAUUAAGAUAUAACUCAUAAUAUUUUUGAUUGAGGAGAUUAAGGACUAAUGACACAUGUAGAAGAUUUAACUCAUCAAAUGGCACCAUUAUUGGGAAAGUUUGAAUGCUGAGCAAUUUUAUGUAUGUAGUUUUUAAUGAAGAUACUUUUAAUUUCUUGAGUUUUAUCUAUAGAAGAUAAGAUGACAUUGACGUGACUUAGUCAUUGUAUAUUAAAACACAUAAAUCUAAAAUUUAUAAAACUAGAAAAUAUGAAUUUUGAAAUAUUUAGAAUUAUUUAUAAAUAAAUAUAUCAAUUAUAAUUUAAUAAAACUUUCAAAAAUAGUGAUAAUUUUCUAAGUUGAUCACAGGGAUGCAAUAUAAUAUCUGGUAAUUAUUCAGAAUUUUCCUCAAAGAAUAUAAUUUUUUAUGAAUUUUAUACUAGGAAAUGAAAAGGAAAUAUAUUUAAUAUUCACAAAAAAGGAAAAUAAGGGUGCAGACAUCAGGAUGAUGUCAGCACCUAGCAAAUGCGAAUCAGGUGGAAAUAGAGUUCUGCCCAGUGAUUUAAUUAAUUAAAUUAAGAUUUGUAAAAGCUGAAAGAUUCAUAAUUGAACAAAGUAUAUUUUGGUAAAUUAAAAUCACACAAAUUAUCACUAAAUGAAGAGUAAAGUGAGUUGAAAGUAAGAAAAUAGAGUUUCGACGUUACGACGGCGAUGUGUCGGUGAUGCAUUGGAAUUUUGAGCAUUUAGGAGGAUCGUUGUGUAGUGUCCACAGCCUUGAAGGCUCUCCUUGGACAAAGACAAUGUGGGCAAUCUCUAGAUCUCCUUGCGAAGCUUAGAGAUUAAUGAAAUGGGUCGUCGAAUCAUCUCUAACGGCUGUCACUCAGCAGAGGGGAAAAAUAGAGACUUUAUGGCUCUCUAGUGGCUAUCACCCAAUGAAGAGGACUUGGAUGAAGGCGGGGCGCAUGUCAGGGAGCUUCAUCCUCUAGUCCGCAUAGCAAGAAGAGGCUCUUCAUCGCAUCUGGUAUGCUCUCAAGAGCUGGUAACUUGUCUCCUAGUAGAUCAUCUUCUUUCCGACGAUGACUUGUUCGUCGAUCAAUCGGAGAUGCUUUACUCAAUGGAUUCAUGUUCCUUUUAUCGCAAAUCGUUCAACAAUUUUAGUAACAAUGCUUUGGGAAUCAUGUUGACGAGAUUUUCAUCGAUGAUCUAGCUAUUCUGGUUGCUUAAUCAUUCACUAACAAUUUGUAAGAAAGUCACGAUAAUCAGAUAAAAAAAUAUGAGUUUUGGCUCUAGGAGGAUUUGAACCCGCACUGAUUGCCCCCACCCUUUUCUGAGGAAGGUGUGAUGCGAGUUUAGUCCCACAUUGGUUGUGCACUGAUUUUUCGGACGAAUAUAUACUAAUGUUACAUUUCUAAAUAAGUCUCUUCUCUCGUAUGUACAACCACUCCUUGCCCCACAGCCAGCUAGCCACCGGUGACAUGGAAGGGGAGUGGUGCACACGUGCCCCUAUUGGUCCAAGCUAUUUGAGCCCCUACUUGUGGCUACUCCCCGACUGAGCUUCCAACUCGCUUGCAGGCCCAGUUGGCCAGCAGGUCCCCCUCAUUUUGUCUUAUUUUUAUUUUUUAUUUCUAUUUCUUCAUUUAUCUUAAAAGUAAGACUAUAAAAAUCAUAUAAAUUCGUGUAAAAUCAGAUAAUUACCCAAAACUUAAUCAAUUGAAAACCACUUUUCACACUUUAACACAAAUAUAAGUCUAUUUAUCAUGAAUUAAGGCUAAAACUAUAUUAUUUACUAAUUAUUAACUCAUGAUAAUGAAAACUUAUAAGACAUGGAUACUAGUCAAUUACUUUGAGAGAUUUUAAGGAACAAGGUAAGUGAACCUUGAGGAGGUUUGUUGUAGAGAUAUCGAGCAAAAUUUGAUAUGAAUUUAAGAGAAAUUGACUUGAAAAAUAUCAAUUGAAUUGUGUCAUUUAACUUUCUUUCCUAAAUGUGACAAGUUCAUUUGAGCAAAAUUCAACCUCAAAAUAAUAGUUUUUCUUUAAAAAGAUUAAAAAAGUUUCAUAAUUUUUUUUAAAGUAUAAUGAAUUGAGUAUAUUUGAAAUUUUAACUAUUUUCUUUAUCUUAAUAAAGGGUGAAUUGCUCAAAAUAGUUAUAUUGUGUGCUUGCAAAUAUUUGAAAUCUAACUUGCAGGACUCAUUAAGGAUUUAAUCUACAAACAGAUUUGAAAUUAAUUGCCUAAUCUUGAUUUUGUGUUGUGACUUGUAUUAACGGUCACAUUGAAUAGCUUUCGUGAGAAGACAAGGCAAGGGAAAUCGUAGGCAGAAAAAUUAGCCUCAAAACAUGUAGAAAUCUCAAAAUUCAGCUUUUAAAUUUUGACCUGUUUUUCUGCAUUACAUGAUUUUUCUGAAACUUUGAUCAGUCAUAAUUGAUAUAUACCUUUGAAAUAAUUCACUAAAAGUAUGUUUGUUGGUUUUGGUCGCUGAGAUCUUUCUAUUGGGAAUUUGGUUUUAAAUAUCUAGUAAGUUCGAAUUUGUUUUGAAGAACCAAAGAGGCCACCUAGAAAAUAAGGACAGAAAUUGUUAUUACCUGCUAUCCAAUUCUUGCAUAUGAUCAAUAUAUGCGAAGUUGCCUGUUAUUUCUCAAUUCAGAUUCCUUGUAAAGAUUACAUCUAUCUUCUAAAACUAGUUAAGUUUGAAUAUUUUUAUGCAAUUUUAUUCAUUGUGAUCAUUGAGGAUUUUAUACACAUCUUUCUAGUCAAGGUAUAUAAGACUAUCAUAGUAAUAAGUAAAAAGAGUAGAACAAAUCAGCAAAACUAGAAUUAAGCAAAUGCAAGGACGUAGAUCCUAGAAGGACGUAGUCAUUCCACCAGCAAAAGAGUGAGGAGAAUCAUCACAAGUAAAAGUGACUUUGGAAAAGAAACAAAAAUAGAAGGAAACUAAAUGAAAAAUAGAAGAAUGCAUCUUAGAGAAUAUUCAGCUCCCUUACAAUAUAGACCAGUGAAUAGAAUCAAUGGUUCUAUUGAGAAUGAUGUUAAUUUUAGAGUUGAUCAUCAUACUAUUCAAAUGUUACCACAUUUUCAUGGGAUGGCUCUUUGUGAGCCAUAUAAACAUUUGGAAGAUUUCUCAUAAGUUUGUGAGAUUUCGUAUUAUCCUAACAUUCUCAUUGAGAUAGUGAAGAUGAGAUUAUUUCCCUUCACACUCAAAGAUAAAACUAAAGACUGGCUUCAUGCCUUGGUCCAGAAGCUAAAUUCAUGAACUGACAUGGAGGCAGCAUUCCUUAAGAAAUUUUAUUUAGGAAAAAUGAAUUAUAUUAGGAGGGCAAUCAGGAAUUUCAUGCAAGGGACCCAAGAAUCUUUUUGAGGUAUGGGAGAGAGUUAAGGAAUACACCUGCUAGUGUCCACAUCAUGAGAUACAAAACUAGCAACUUGUGCAGCUUUUUUAUGAAGGUUUGAAUGAGAGAGAUAGGCACAUGAUUGAUGUUGCCUUAGGUGAGAUUUUAUGAACAAAUAUGAAGGUGAAGCUAUUGAUCUUAUUGAAACAUUGUCAGAAAAUAGUAGACAUCAUUAUUCUUUAAACUAGAAUAGAAAAACUUCAGGAUUUAGAAGAUGGGGUAUCCAUAAUGUGAAAAAUAUAGAGACCCGACUACUUAUUGAUAAAGUAGACAAACUAAAUGAAUGUGUAUAGGUAUUGAUGAGCAAAUCCACAACAAAUGAUUCAACCAGCAACUUCCCAAAUAAGAGCAAGACAUGUCAGCAUAUGCACUAUGUUCAAGCUAUGAACAUGUAGAAGUCGACUGUCCAAAAUAUGACCAGAUCAUGGCAAUCAAUGGGCAGUUCAAACCAAAUCAAUUUAUUUCAGACAAUAGUUGGCAAGGACAUAGGCAAAAUGCAUUAUCUAACAAUAACUGUAAUGCAAAUUAUAGACACAGCUAGUUUUGCACUAAUUAAGCCAAUGGUUAGAGGAAAAGUCAGGAAACAGUCCAUCAGCCUGGGCCAUUUAUUCCUCCACAGAACUUGUCAUUUCAAAGGCCACAUUUUCAAAAUCAAGAUAUUUGCCCUUCAAAUCAUCACUUACAGUCACAUGCAACUGGAUCUGAUUUGUCUAUGCAGGAGCUCUUGAAGCAGAUGCUGCAAGAACAACAAAAGCUACAUCAAGGAAACUAUAGAUCUAGGGAAGACAACAAUUUGAUCUGAAUGGAUCCAAGAAGAAAAAUGAUAAGCAGCUGGAAAUAGACAACAACAGCAGAGAAGUAGGCCAAUUUUCAAUGCAGCCAUCUAUUAAUCCUCAGAAUUUGAUUAAUUCCUUAGGUCAACAUCAUGUAAAUCAAGUCGAUUGCCAUGAUUAGGAUAAAGAAACACUCAAUGCUAUUUCUAAACUUCCAAAUAGGAAGGUCUUAUCUGACCCUUAUUUUGUAAGUGCAGAAAAUUAAGAGAAUGAGUUAGAGGAACCAACAACUAAAGAUGUGAAUUUCACAAAAACUAAGGAUAAAGGAAAAGAGAGGGAAGAACAUAAUUUGGAAAAAUAUAGCCCUCCAAUCCUUUUCCUGAAGCUUUAAAGGACAAUAAGCCCAAGGUUACAGAUCAAGAUACAAAAAUUUUAGAAGUUUUUAAGCAAGUCACUCUUAGUAUUCCUUUGAUAGAUGCAAUCCAGCACAUUCCUUUUUAUGCUAAAUUUUUAAAAGGAUUAUGCACUCUUGUAAAGAAAUAUAAAUACAUUCAAUUGUCUGAAAUAAUAAGAUCAGUUUUACUAAAUCAGAUCCCAACAAAGCAACAAGAUCUGGGAGCUCUUCUUAUCAAAUGUGAAAUUCAAGGUAUGAUUUUCACCUACUCUUUACUUAGUUCAGGAGCAAGUGUUAAAAUAGUGCCUAAAGCUCUAUAUGAUAUGUAUAUACUUGGUGAUUUGCAACCUUUAUUUGUGGAGCUACAGCUAGUAGAUGGAUUAGUCUGACAACCCUAUGGAGUUUUAAAAGUUGUUGUAGUGAAGACUGAGAGCUGCUAUUUUUUGGUAGACUUUUAGUUGCUGAUAUGAAAAUAACAAAAAAUAUUAGUCAUGCCCCAAUAAUUUUAAGACAUUCUUUUUUGGCCACAACUAAAGCCAAAAAAGAUUGGGGUAAUAGGACAAUAGAAUUAAAAUUUGGGCAAGAAAAAAUUGAGUUAAAAUUACAAAACUAUUGAAGUAUCUUGAACUAUCGGGAGAUUUAUGGAUCAUUGACAUUGCUGAUAUGUGUGUAGAAGAACUUUUCAAUGAAGAGAUAAUUAGUCUUCAGUAUCAUGAGUUAAUAAUUAGUAAAUAAUAUAGUUUUAGCCUUAACUCAUGAUAAAUAGACUUAUAUUUGUGUUAAAGAAUGAUUUUUGGUUUUCAAUUGAUUAACGUGAAUUUUUGGGUAAUUAUGUGAUUUUUAUAGUCUUACCUUUGAGAUAAAUGAAGAACAUGAAAUAAAAAUAAAAAAUAUUGCAAAAUGGGGGGGGGACCCAUCGGCCAGCCAGGCCCGCGAGCAGGUCGGAAGCGCAGUCGGGGAGUAGCCGCGAGCAAGGGCUCGAGCAGCUUAGCUUGGACUGAUAGGGGCACGUGUGCGCCACUCCCCUUCCAUGUCACUGGUGGCCAGCCAGCUGUGGGGUGACGUGACUCAGUCGUUGUAUGUUAAAUCACGUAAAUAUAAAAUUUAUAAAACUAGAAAAUACGAAUUUUUAGAUAUUUAGAAGUAUUUCAAAAUAAAUAUAUCAAUUAUAAUUCAAUAAAAAUUCCAAAAAUAGCAGUAAUUUUCCAGGUCAAUUACAGGGAUGUAAUAUAAUAUCUGGUAAUUAUUCAGAAUUUUUCUCAAUGAAUACGAUUUUCUUACGAAUUUUAUACUAGGAAAUAAAAAGGAAAUAUAUUUAAAAUUCACGAAAAAAAGGAAAUAAGGGUGCGAACGUCAAGAUGACGUCAGUGCCCGGCGAACGCGAAUCAGGCAGAAACAGAGUUCUGCUCGGUGAUUCCUACGUAAUCGAUUAUAGACGACUUAAUUAAUCAAAUUAAGAUCUGUAAAAGCCGGAAGAAUCCUAAUUGAAUGAAGUAUAGUUUGGUAAAUUAAAAUCACACAAAGUAUCACUAAAUGAAGCGUAAAUUAAAUUGAAAGCAAGAAAACAGAAUUUCGGCGUUGCCACGGCGAUGCGUUGGCGAUGCACCGAAAUCCUGAGCGUUCGGGAGGAUCGUCGUGCAGUGUUGAUAAGUCUUCAUUAUCAUGAGUUAAUAAUUAGUAAAUAAUAUAGUUUUAGCCUUAACUCAUGAUAAAUAGACUUAUAUUUGUGUUAAAGUAUGAAAAGUGGUUUUCAGUUGAUUAACGUGAAUUUUUGGGUAAUUAUGUGAUUUUAUACGAUUUUUACAGUCUUAGUUUUGAGAUAAAUGAAGAACAAGAAAUAAAAAUAAAAAUAUUGCAAAAUGGGGAACCCGCCGGCCAGCCGGGCCCGCAAGCGGGUCGGAAGCGCAGUCGGGGAGUAGCCGCGAGCAGGGGCUCGAGCGGCUUGCUUGGAUCGAUAGGGGCACGUGUGCGCCACUCCCCUUCCACGUCACUGGUGUCAGCCAGCUGUGGGGCAAGGAGUUGUCGUACACACGAGAGGACUUUGCCUAGAAAGCUAACUUUACUAUAUAUUCGUCCGAAUAAUCCGCGCACAACCGAUGUGGGACUAAAUGCACCUUGUAAGGCGCGGGCGACCGCCGCGGGUUCGAAUCCUCCCAAAGUAAAAAUUCAUAUAUUUUUAACUGAUUAUCGCGACUUUCUUGCAGAUUGCCGGUGAAGGAUUAAGCAAUCGGAAUCGCUGGAUCAUCGGCGAAAAUCUCGUCAACGCGAUUCGCGGAGCAUUGCUACUAAAAUUUCUGAACGAUUCGCGAUAAAAGGAUCGCAAUCCAUCGAGUAAAUCAUCUCCGAUUGAUCGACGAACAAGCCGUCGUCGGGAAGAGGACGAUCCGCCGGGAGACCAGUCGCCACCUCCUGAGAGCGUACCAGAUGCGAUGAAGAGCCUCCUCUUGCUGCGCGGACCUGAGGAUGAAGCUCCCUAACACGCGCCUCACCUCCAUCCAGCCCCUCUCCGUCGGGUGACAGCCGCCGGAGAGCCGCAAAGUCGCCGUUUUUCCGCUCCGCCGGGUGACAGCCGCCGGAGACGAUUCGACGACCCACUUCAUUGGUCUCUAGACUUCGCGAGAAGAUCUAGAGAUUGCCCACGUCGUCUUUGUCCAAGGAGAGCCUUCGAGGCCGUGGACACUGCACGACGACCCUCCCGAACGCUCAGGAUUCCGGUGCAUCGCCGACGCGUCGCCGUCGCGACGCCGGAACUCUGUUUUCCUGCUUUAUCUAGAGAUUGCCCACGUCGUCUUUGUCCAAGGAGAGCCUUCGAGGCCGUGGACACUGCACGACGAUCCUCCCGAACGCUCAGGAUUCCGGUGCAUCGCCGACGCAUCGCCGUCGCGACGCCGGAACUCUGUUUUCCUGCUUUCAAUUUAAUUUACGCUUCAUUUAGUGAUACUUUGUUGAUUUUUAUUUACCAAACUAUACUUCGUUCAACUACGAUUCUUCCGGCUUUUACAGAUCUUAAUUUGAUUAAUUGAGUCGUCUGUAAUCGCCUACGUAAGAAUCACCGGGCGGAACUCUGUUUCCGCCUGAUUCGCGUUCGCCGGGCGCCGACGUCAUCCUGACGUCCGCACCCUUAUUUCCUCUUUUUUUUUAUGAAUUUUAAAUAUAUUUCCUUUUUAUUUCCUAGUAUAAAAUUCGUAAGAAAAUUGUACUCAUUGAGAAAAAUUCUGAAUAAUUACUAGAUAUUAUAUUACAUUCCUUUGAUCGACCUAGAAAAUUACCACUAUUUUUGGGAUUUGUAUUGAAUUAUAAUUGAUAUAUUUAUUUUGAAAUACUUCUAAAUAUCCAAAAAUUCGUAUUUUCUAGUUUUAUAAAUUUUAUAUUUGCAUGAUUUAAUAUACAACGACUGAGUCAUGUCAAGUGUCCAUGGCCUCGAAGGCUCUCCUUGGACAAAGACGACGUGGGCAAUCUCUAGAUCUUCUCGCGAAGUCUAGAGAUCAAUGAAGUGGGUCGUCGAAUCAUCUCCGCCGGCUGUCACCCGACGGAGAGGAGCUGGAUGGAGGUGGGGCGCGUGUCAGGGAGCUUCAUCCUCAGGUCCGCGCAGCAAGAGGAGGCUCUUCAUCGCAUCUGGUACGCUCUCAGGAGGUGGCGACUGGUCUCCCGGCGGAUCGUCCUCUUCCCGACGACGGCUUGUUUGUCGAUCAAUCGGAGAUGA